GUUUGGUUUGUAGCUCUAUACUCUUCUUAGCAUAAUAAAUCAUGUCGUUACCUAUAGGAAGAAACUUGUGCAUAUCAAGUUAACUGACAGAUUGCAUAUAAUAAAGUUUAUAAUAACGAAAUAGUUGAAGAAAUUAAAGCCAUAUUAUGGCAAUAGUGUUCCAAUGUUGGUAACUAUUUAGAGUAUAAUAGUUAGUAUAACUUAGUAAUUGCCGACGCAAUCUCUAUCUUAAAGUCAUCACCUAGCUCCAGACUAACGCUCAACCUGGAUAGCGAUCUGCUAUUUGAAUGCUUCCUUCGGGAUUCAAAUACGCGUAUCUAAGGAGUCGAGUUUGAAUAUCGCUGUCAUGAGACUGCGCGAUUCUGCCGCCAGUCGCAUACCCCGCACGAUUCCUUGUUCGCGGUUGUGACCUACCUUCGGCAGGUAUUUGAUUCGAUUGAGGACUACCAUUGGUUUAUUUAAGUCUCAAACACUUCCUAUCGUGAUGUUGCACCUUCGACUCUGUCUUUGGACUAAGGGUCUUAGGACUGCAGAUGUGAUAUCAACUGUCUAAUUACGAACAGCAAAACUAACGACAGCGACAACAUGCCUGGGCUUAUCCAAGAGUCACCCUUCAAGACCAUCGCGGUCAAGGAGUUACAUCCUACGUUCGGUGCUGAAGUCAGUGGCGUUAACUUUCAAGAUCUGUCUGACGAGCAGUUUAGGGAGAUAGUUGCUGCCAUGGCCAAGUACGGUGUAUGCGUCUUCAGGAACACGGGUUUGGAUGACAUAGCCCACGUUAAAUUCUCCGAACGCUUCGGGGAGCUUGACAACAUUCGUCGAUAUCUUAUGGGAGGGCGGAAACCCCGAUACGAGCUUUAUGAACUGUUCGACGCUGGGAAUAUAGAUGCCGAGACAGGUGGAAUCCUCGAUCCAGGGAGUGCACGGGCACACUCUAACAGGGGCAAUGGGCUCUUCCACGCGGACUCGACAUUUAACCCGCGGCGAGCAUCGUUCUCUCUUCUACGCGCCUGUGAGCUCCCACCCCCGGGGCACGGCGGUAACACAGACUUUGCCGACUCACGAACUGCCUUUGAGGAACUUCCCGAAGAUCUGCGAGAGGAGCUUCUUUCACACGAUUAUGUAGGUGCGCAUUCAAUGGCCCAUUCCCGAAAGCUCGGUUCGCCUGCCUUCUUCGAGGACGUCGACCCGACACAAUCGCCGAUGCAACGCCAUCGAAUUGCACAACUCCAUGAGCCUAGCGGGCGGAUGAAUCUAUUUAUCGGUGCCCAUUUGCACCAUAUUGAGGAGAAUGGAAAGGAGAUCCUGAACUCCUGGGACCUGGUCCAACGACUCAAUCAGCAUGCCACGCAGAAAAAGUACACCACCACCGUGCAGUGGGACAACCCUAGUGAUUUAGUUAUUUGGGACAACCGAUGUGUGUUACACCGAGCAGGUAGUGGUACCUUUGAAGGCAAAUUCAAGCGUGACCUGAGGCGAACGACAGUCCACGAUGACAGUCCGACGGCUUGGGGGUUGAAUUCAAAAGAUAUCGCCUGGCAAGGUUUUAACUCACAGGCGAAAACCAAACACGCUGGAGCAGUGGGGGUAUAAUAAUUGAUAUUAGUCUUCGAUAUUAUUAUUGAUGGCUUAAUAUUUUUCAUCAUUGUUGCAAGAACUAACUAGGUUACAAGUACUAAUGUUGCGGAUUACUUUAUGUAAAGAUAAGAGUUUAUAAUCGAUGCUAGGAUUCCUGUAUGGCUACCAGCCAUUGGUUAAAUUUAUUAGGUGCCCCUUAGAAGUAGUCUAUGUUAAUUAUCACGUGGGGGGGGGGGCGCUAAGU